AUGUCUGCACCCUUUCAAACAUACGCCAUCACCGGCAUCCCGACUGAGGGCACGGGACCCCCGCCGUCCCGAAGUGAGAUCAACGCGUGGGCCAAACAGAACCCAAUUCAGCUUUCUCUCUUCAUCCAGGCCCUUCGCGCCUUCCAGAGCAUGGACUUCAGGGAUCAGUUAUCCUAUUACCGCAUCGCAGGCAUCCACGGCCUUCCGGCCACCUCUUGGGACAAUGACCCUAUCCCAAUCGAGGUGACCAACUCCUAUGGAGAAAACUACCCUGACCAUACUCCUGACUUCUAUUGCCCACACAAUACGUUGAUUUUCCCAACCUGGCACCGUGCCUACUUGCUUCUCUUCGAGCAGCGUCUUUGGGAGAUUAUGACGAAAGAGAUCGUUCCCGCAGCCCCUUCCAGCGCUCAGCAGCAGUGGAUGACCGAAGCAAACGCCUGGCGUCUGCCGUACUGGGACUGGGCCAACAUACCCAGUGUUCCUGACGUUGCAAGCACUCCGACAAUUACUAUCAAGAUGCCAGACGGGACAUCGCAGGAGGAUUGA